CCUAAAUUUUUCCCCCCUAUACAGAUCUGACAGACUUUUGUGCUCAAAAAGCAACCCUGCAUGCGCAAAGAGACCAUGUGUGACGCAUGCGCCUAUUACCGCUCUGCGCGUGAUGACAAAUAAAAAUGGAUUUGUUUGGGGCAAAUAGGCCGUGUCCAAGGGUUUACAUCGGGGCGUUGCGAACAGAGAGAGCGUGGCAGCCUCCUCUCUGCAAAUACCCCCUGUUAUUCAUAGCUCAUGACCGUCUGCAUUGAACAUGAAGCUCAAGCUUUGUCAUGACCGUGUAAAUAAUCGUCAUGCAGUUUUUCCAGACGUUCACAUAAAAAAAAAAAAAAAACACUUUCCAUUAGAGUUGAAAUUUUUCAACGGUCAGAAAACUCCAGAUAUAGUUCAUUUUAAAGGUGAAUAAAAAGACAAACACUGACAGCAGUUGUUGCGUGAAGUUUGUCACGCAGUUUUGGGUGUCCUGAAAGAACUGUUGCGGCAAGCAACAAAGUAGAUAUAAACUUGUCAGUACAAUCCACUGCCAUUUUGACCAUUAGAACAUGCAGCCUAAUUCCGGUGACUCUUCGCAGCUUGAUUGGUCUAUAAAUAGGCGGAGGCGCUAUUCACUCUGUCUGUUCCAGAUAUAUUUUACCCAUGAGCGACUCACAUUAGUCACAUUUUCGCCUUGAUGCUCAGAUUUAAAAAAGACGCCGGGGGUGAAGGUGAGGGUGAAGGUAAGGGCUGGGAUUUUGAACAAAAACGUAAAAAGCUUGUCGUGAAGCUGCCCAUUGUGUCGUGAUUACGUGGAAAUCAGACAGAAGCAACCCUGACAGGAGAUCCGCGUGCGAAUUCACGAGACCAAGUCCAAUAUGCUCCAAAACUCUCUGCGGUUUCCCGUUCCUAUAUGCGAAGGCCGGCUUUUUGCAGCUGAAAAACUAUUUGACUCAUAUAGCCAACACACGUCGAGACGUAGGCUAUUUGUCAUAUUGUGCCAGUGGUCACAUGGCUUUGGCCCUCAGGAAUGGAUGGAGAUGGAUCCCCCACGUCAGCUUGUACGUCUAAGGCUUUCUGCUCCAGCAGUCUGUCUCAAAGUGGCUGGAGCGCAGCGUCGCGCAGGAACAAUGCGAGGAUUAUUGCCGUAGAACGACCCCAGCAGCAGAAUAUGGAUUUUGAUGAACGGAUGCCUGGUUCCAGUAUGUAUCUACCAAGCUGCACUUAUUACGUCUCCGGAGCGGACUUCUCGGGUCUCCCUCACUAUUUAACCCAGAACCAGUCCUCCUGCCCCGUCACUUACUCGUACCAGUCCUCAGCGCUCACACAGGUUCCGUCAGUGAGAGACGUGGCUUUCAGAGACUAUGGCAUUGACGCUUCCAGUAAAUGGCACCACACCAGGGGGAGUCUCUCGCACUGCUACGCCGAGGACGUCGCGCACCGGGACGGCUGGGCAGCCCCCACCUCCAGGGGGCCAGAGAUCCUGGUGAAAGGCGGACACUCCGGCUCCUCGAACCCGACCCCGGGAUUCUGCGGUAACGUCGGCAGGAACGGCGUCUUGCCGCAGGCGUUCGAUCAGUUCUUUGACACGGCGUACGGGAGCGGGGCGGGCGGCGCCGCUCCGGCUGCAGCGGACUCAGACAGAGGCGGCAAAACGAGCCCGGCUCAGGCUCACCCGGGGUCGGACACAGCGGAGAGCUGCAGCCCGGAGUCACCAUCCGGCCACAGCGAGGAGAAGCAGAGCAGGAGCGGCAGCAGUGGCCAGAGGACACGCAAAAAGAGGUGCCCGUACACAAAGUACCAGAUCAGGGAGCUGGAGAGGGAGUUCUUCUUCAGCGUUUACAUCAACAAGGAGAAGCGACUGCAGCUCUCCCGGAUGCUUAAUCUGACGGACCGCCAGGUUAAAAUCUGGUUUCAGAACAGGAGGAUGAAAGAGAAGAAACUGAACAGAGACCGUUUACAGUACUACAGCACAAACCCUCUGCUCUGAAAAAGUCCCAAACAAAAACAAAACAAAGACUGCUGCCGAGCGCCCUCACACCAAAUCAGGACAAAGGACUUGUUUUUAUCUUUAUUGUUUUGAAAAUCUAAAAAUCUUUAAAUAUCUUUAAAUAAU